AUCCACUGUACGUCGAAAAAUAGGUGCGAUUCCUCCAUGUCUUUUAGAUAUCGUCCACAACAAACUUGAAGAUGUCUCCAUACCUUCAUGAGUCAUCCAGCUCCGGGUCUGGAGGCUUAACACCGGUCUCUGUUGCAUCUCAUGGAUCUGACAAUGGCUCAGUUAUCGAGGACUCUGAAUACCCGGCUCUGCAGUUCCCAGGCUAUGCAGAAAAGCCCCUUUCAGAGCAACUGGAGCCUAUCGCAGUUGUAGGAAUGGGAUGUCGUCUACCGGGUGAUGUCAGUUCUCCAGCUCAAUUCUGGGAUCUCAUGAUCAACAAGGGUACCGGUCAAACCCCGAAAGUUCCAUCCGAUAGAUUCAAUAUUGACGCCCACUUCCAUGAAAACAAUGAGAGGCCUGGAAGCUUUAACGUUCUGGGUGGAUACUUUAUCAAAAAUGACAUCAAAGAGUUUGACCCUCAAUUAUUUGGUAUUUCUCCGGUUGAAGCAAUGUGGAUGGACCCUCAACAACGAAAGUUACUUGAGGUCGUCUAUGAGGCAUUUGAGUCCGGAGGUGUGACUCUGGAUACGGUUUCCGGCUCACAAACCGCUGUAUUUGUGGGAAGUUUCACCAGCGAUUACCAGCAGAUGUCGUUCAAAGAACCCGAUUUUCGGCACAGCUACGCUGCUACGGGGGUCGAUCCGGGCAUCAUUAGUAACAGAAUUAGCCAUGUUUUUAACCUGCACGGCCCGAGUAUUCUCGUAAAUACCGCUUGCUCAUCAUCUGUCUAUGCUAUGCAUAAUGCUUGCAAUGCUCUCCGCAACCAUGAGUGCACUGCGGCCGUGGUUGGAGGCACAAAUCUUAUCAUCACGGUGGACCAGCACAUGAAUACUGCCAAGCUGGGUGUCUUGUCACCCACUUCCACUUGUCACACAUUUGACGCAUCUGCUGAUGGCUACGGUCGUGCUGAUGGUGUGGGUGCGGUCUACCUGAAGAGGCUGUCUGACGCUGUACGAGAUGGGGAUCCCAUCCGAGCUGUUAUCCGUACAAGUGCUGUCAACUCAAACGGCAAGGCUCCAGCGGUUGGUAUCACACAUCCUAAUCUCGAGGGCCAAGUCGACGUGAUUAAACACGCCUACCUUCGUGGAGGAGACCUCGAUCCAAAGCUCACAGGUUAUUUCGAGAUUCACGGCACAGGCACACCUAUAGGAGACCCCUUGGAGGUACAUGCCGUUGCAAAGGCUAUGAAUGGUAGGAGGCUUCCUGGUGAAGAACCUCUCUUAAUUGGAGCUGUAAAAACAAACAUUGGUCACAGCGAAGCAGCAAGCGGUCUCUCCGCUGUCAUCAAAGCAGUUCUGACUGUUGAGAACGGGAUUAUUCCCCCAACACGUGGUCUAGUCAAUCGCAAUCCUAAGAUUGAUUGGGAUGGUUGGAAAGUGCAGGUUGUCACAGACCCACGUCCAUUUCCCAGCCACUUGCCAGUCAAACGAGUCAGCGUUAAUUCUUUCGGAUAUGGUGGCACCAACGGUCAUAUCAUGAUUGAAGGCAUUGACUCGUUUAUCCCAGACUAUAAACUUGCUCGCAAAUCGACGACCAAGCCUCGGGGUAUGCAUAAUUUGAACCGGCCGUUUCUUCUCCCAUUCUCAGCCCACGACAAACAAACUCUAAAACACAAUAUCGGGGCAUAUAGUAAAAUCGCAGGCAAUUAUAAUCUCUUAGACCUGAGUUAUACAUUGGCGAAUCGCCGUUCGCUCCUCCAGAGUAGGGGAUUUGUUGUGUCUUCCUAUGCCGCUCUUGAGUCUGCCUUUGGAGACAAUCUUGCAGCAUUCUCUUUCGCAGAGAAAAAGAAAACACCGAGAAUCGGAUUUGCAUUUACCGGUCAGGGAGCCCAGUGGGCAAGGAUGGGGAGUCAGCUAAUGACCUAUUACCCAAGUUUCUUGAGAACGAUAAUAGAGCUUGACUACGCACUAGGCUCUCUGCCUGAUGCGCCCGAGUGGACACUGGAAGAUAAAUUGCUAGAGGAUGCACAAACCUCACGCGUCAAUGAAGCCGAGUUCUCCCAACCCUUGUGCACUGCCAUCCAGAUCGCAACAGUAAAGUUGCUCGAAUCUUGGGACAUCCGACCACAAGUAACCGUUGGGCAUUCAUCUGGAGAAAUUGCUGCUGCGUACGCAGCCGGCCUGAUUUCGGCAAGCGAGGCUAUCAUUGUGGCAUAUUAUCGGGGUCAGGUUGUUGCUAAACUAAACACCAAUGGAGCAAUGAUGGCUGUCGGUCUCGGAGCGGAAGCCGUGGAGCCUUUCAUUCGAGAGUUCAAGGGCCAGGUUGUUAUUGCUUGCCACAACUCGCCUGUCAGUGUAACUCUUAGUGGCGAUGCGGAUGCAAUUGAUGUAGUCAGGAAGGCUUUGGAUGCAGAGAAUAUCUUUGCCAGAGUCGUCAAAACUGGUGGGAAAGCUUAUCACUCGCAUCAUAUGAAUUCCUCAGCACACAAAUACGAGGAAUUAGUUCACCGUGCAAGGGAAACUGUGUCUUUUGGUGUUCCUCUAAUAACUGACGCGGUAAUGGUGUCAUCUGUUAUGAACUCGAGGAUUGAACCAGGACAAGUCAUCGGCGAAAAGUACUGGACUUUGAACUUGACCAGUCCGGUGCUGUUCAACCAGGCAGUUCAGACCAUUGCAACCAGCAGCGAUGUCCACGUUGAUACUUUGAUUGAGAUCGGGCCCCACACGGCCUUAUCUGGUCCUAUUAAGCAAAUUUCCAAAGAGUUAGGAAGUCAUGGAUUCAGUUACCUACCGACUCUAGUAAGAAAUGAAGAUUCAGCCUUCCAGAUCCUCAAACUAGCUGGCGAGCUGUUCCUCAGAAAUUACCCGCUUAAUAUGGAAAGAGCGACUGCAAUUGAAGAGACAUCUACCAGUGGAAAACUCAAGUUGGUCAAGGGAUCGAUUCUUGUCGAUCUUCCAACCUAUCAGUGGACCUACUCCAAAAGUUUGUGGGCUGAGCCUCGCCAGAGCUUAGAGCACCGUGCCCCUAACCAUCCACGUCAUGAUGUCCUUGGGUCUCGAAUGCCUGGAGGGUCCGCAUCUGAGCCUGUGUGGAGAAAUGUCCUCCGUAUCAGGGACGUUCCUUGGCUAAAAGACCAUUCCCUUGGUGGUGAAGCUGUGUUCCCUGCUGCUGGAUAUUUCUCUAUGGCAAUUGAAGCAAUCACCCAGCUGAACGAAUGCAGUGCUCAACCGGUGAACAUCGAAGGGUUUGUACUCAGAGAUAUCUCUAUUAAAGCAGCUUUGGUGACACCAGAUGACGAUAAUGGAAUUGAGGUAUUGUUUGCCAUGCGUCCGUCAUUAUUCUCUGGAGGUGAAUCCAACGUGUGGUGGGAUUUCAAUGUUUCAUCUGUGUCAGGCUCUGGUCUUUGGAAUGACCACAUGACGGGAACUAUCAGCAUCAACAGUCGUGCUCGAGGGCAAACUCCCAAAAAAGUUCCCAAUCUUCCACAGCGUGCCAUGGGCAAAAGCUGGAAUCAGGGUCUGAGAGAAGUUGGCUUUGACUAUGGGCUAACAUUCCAGGACAUGGAGGACAUUAGAUCAGACGGCAAAACAUAUAGAGCCGCGUCAAGGACCUUUGUCAAACAACAAUGCGGGGUGGUUACAGGAGAAUCUCGCUACGCUCUGCAUCCUGGAACGGUUGACUCAUGUCUCCAGCUUAUCAUUGUGUCCAUUUAUGCAGGAAAACUCAACGAUAUGACAUGUGGUGCCGUGCCGAUUCAGGUCGAUGAAGUAGCCAUCUGGCCACCGACAGCACAACAGCUCAAAACCCCUAUGGCAUCGGCAUAUUCGUAUACCGGUCAACGUGGCAUCCGUUCUUUCGUCAGUGGCUCCCAGCUAGUUGCGAGCGACGGCGAAUUACUAAUGGACAUUACCAAUAUGCGGUGCGUCGCCUACGAGGCAGCUGUUCCUCAGAGGAUCGAAGAAGUGCUGGAACCAAAACCUUUCCAGGAACUGGUUUGGGAAUACGACAUUGACAGCAUCAACUCUGAUGAGCAAUUACGUGAAAUGGAUGUUGGCAAAAUUGUUGAGCUCGUCGGCCACAAGAGCCCGGAUGCCAGAGUUCUGGAAUUUGGGUCCGAGAACCUGUCAAGCACAUUGGAUAAGUGCCCAUACGUCAGCUAUACAGUCGCUGUACGUUCCACGGAGGCUCUUGAAGAGUCCAAAGCUCAGUUCGAGGGAAUCAAGAAUGCCAGCUUUCAAGUUCUAGAUAUCUCUGUUCCUCUUGACGAUGAUACUGGUCUCGAGACUUUUGAUUUGAUCAUUGCCACUCGUCAGUCUAUUGACAACGUUGAAAUGCUCAAGAAUCUCCGCUCUUUAUUGGCUCCUAGUGGUCGCGUGAUCUUUGCGAAGAGCAGUGUCAUAUCUCAGGACUCCCUUGUCAGUGCUGGCUUCAACAACGUUGGUGUCUUCUUAGAGGAUAGUGAGACAAAGGCGCUUUCAUUCAUCAAACCAGUCGAGGUUAUCAAGAACGGAUUACACGCUAAUAGCUCAAGUCCGCAAAUCAAACUCAUUUAUCGGAACAAGCCGGCGGCUGUUAUCGAUGAGAUCGCAAAAGCUAUAGAAAAGGGAGGCUAUACGACCAGUUCUAGUGCUCUGGCCACUCAUGGUAUCACUUGUGGGCAUGCGGUGGUUAUCGGGGAUCUGGAGGGCUCUUCACUGCUAGCAACAAUGGAAGAGACCGAAUUCGAAGCUCUCAAAGAACUCACAAACAAGGCAUCUUCCAUCCUGUGGGUUACUGCUGGUGGUCUUCUUACCGGGAAGCUACCAGAAUACGCUAUGGCGAAUGGCCUCGCAAGAUCUCUCACCUCUGAACAGUCCUCACUAGACUUCACCACUUUGGACUUUGACCUUGAAACUACUUCCCCUAGGCAGAUUGCCGAUAGCAUUUCUGCAGCUGUACAACGCCAAGUCAGUCAGAACGAAUCCCGGGAGUCGGAGUAUUAUGUGUCUAAAGGCUAUACUUAUAUUAGCCGUCUUCUGGCUAACACGGAUCUUCCAGGUGCCUCCAAGGCAGGUAAAGAGUAUAUGGCUCCAUACGAGGGGCAGCAUCUAGUUGGUUCAGUGCAAUCCGGUAAGGUAGUAUUUUCCGAGGAUGAGCUUAAGGAUAAAGCACUGGAUGGCAACGAGGUUGAGGUCAAAGUAGUGUACGGGGGUCUCAACAAAGAGGAUACGCUUGUCAUUACCGGGAAUGAUUACCCUAUGACAUUCAGCCACGAGAUCAGUGGCGUUGUGUCUCGCGUGGGCUCAGCAGUCAAGGGCAUCAAUGAGGGGGAUAUGGUGGUUGGAUUCAGUUUCGACAAAUUCUCGACCCUCCAGCGAACAUCUGCCGAUCUCCUCCAAAAAGUGGAAAAGGGCGAGUCGCUAGAACAAAUUUCAUCCCUUCCCUGGACCUUCUCUACUGCUUUGUACGGGUUGAGGGAUUUGGCUAAACUUGAGCCAAACGAAAAGGUUCUAAUCCUCAGUGGUACUGGUAGUGUUGGCGCCGCUGCCAUUCAAAUAACUCGGCUUCUCGGCGGCAUACCUUUUGUUGUAGUCGCAAGCUCAGAACAGCAACGACUCAUGGCAACUUUUGGUCUUCCCGAACAGCAGGUUCUCAACACAGACAAUAUAACUUCCCAAGAUGAGAUGUUAGCUCUCACAAAAGGGUCCGGAUUUGACGUCGUCUUUAGCGGCUAUACUGAUUUCACGGAGGCCCGUGAGGCAUGGCGUCACAUUCGUCCCCUCGGUCGCUUCGUCGAUUUCGGCAGGAAAAACGUUCUUAAACGCAGUGCCAUUGAUACAGUUCCUAUUCACAACGGCGCUAGCUACCUCUCGUUUGACAUGCUGGACCUCUAUGCAUGCAAACCUCAGAUUUUAUCGAACUUACUAAAGUCCACCCUCUCCCUUUAUCGUCAAGGUCUUCUUUCACCCAUCUCAUCACCAAACAUUUACAGCCUUGAUCAGCUAGACUCAGCCGUGUCGUCUUAUUCCGAAGGUUUUGUUGCAGGAAAAACAUUGAUUUCUUAUGCACCAUCAGGAGGGUCUCUCAGCAUCGUGCCAAAUCAGACGAGCAUGUCAUUCCGUUCAGAUGCAACUUACCUACUCGUUGGUUGUUUGGGUGGCUUGGGAAGAAGCCUUACUACAUGGAUGACCGAGAAUGGUGCUAGACGAUUGGUUUUCUUAUCUAGGUCUGGCGCGGAUCAAGAACAGGCUGGCAUUCUAAUCAGAGACCUUGAAAAGGCCGGUAUCAUCUGUCAGGUUGUCAGAGGUGAUGUUACGAAUCGAUCAGACGUCCAAAAGGCAGUCGAUAGCGUUCCGGUUCAGUUCCCGAUUCGUGGUGUUGUACAGGCGGCGAUGGUUUUAAGGGAUGGGUUAUUCCACUCUAUGACAUAUAGCAACUGGACUACAGCCACUUACCCCAAAGUUCGAGGUACCCUGAAUCUUCACAAUGUUUUGUCUGAUACUCCUCUGGAUUUCUUCAUCAUGACGAGUUCUACCUCUGGUACUCUGGGAACUCCAGGCCAGGCAAAUUACUCAGCAGCCAACAGCUUCCUCGAUUCACUUGCCCGACAUCGGGUGUCCAACCAACAGCGAGCGUGCUCUGUUGUUCUCCCCAUGAUUCUUGGCGUAGGCUACGUUGCUGAGCACCCAGAAGUCGAGGAAGCUCUAAGACGAAAAGGAAUCUAUGGUAUUGAUGAGACUCACCUACUUGAGUCUCUCGCUGUCUCGAUGUUGACCCAGGCGAGCCCAACGCCUGCUGACCAUGUGAUCGUUGGACUUGAUCCUGUCAAGUUGCAAAAGUCAAUCCGCAGUUCUGAAACCACCGAUGGUUUCUGGUUUGAGGAUGCUCGUUUUAAACCUCUUCUAGCCUUUAUGACCUCUUCUGAUUCCAAUGGGGUCGCCGAAGCUGGACGCACCAUUCUCAGCACAAUUCACGCGGCUGACAGCCCGGCUGGGGCCGUGAAAUUGACCAGCGAAAUCAUGGUUGACAAGUUAGCAAGACUCUUGUUGGUCGACCUGGCCGAAUUUGAACCAGAUGUGAAAUCCAUUGCAUCCUAUGGCCUUGACAGUAUGAUCGGUGCCGAGCUCCGGAACUGGAUCUUCAAGGAGUUGGCGCUGGAUAUUCCUUUCCAGCGAUUACUAAGUGCAGAUCUCACAAUCACCAAGUUUGCAACUGAAGUUUGUAAUAACCAAGGAAUUGUCCUUGACUCCCAAAACUAGGUUGUCAGCUGGUUGUCAGUAAAAUUACUUAUAAGUUUUUAUCUUUGCGUCUGACAAGUUGUUGUUUUAUUUGAUUAUUUUUUGCUUUACUUGAUCUUUAUUUCAUGUUAUAGUUAGUGCCAGAAUAUAGCGCAUAGGAACGGACUCCUUCGUAUGUCCCUACCCCAGGUUACUUUGGCCGUGGGCCUACGCCAUCUGAAUAUUGCCUUUUCCCGAACCAUGGACGCUCCACUCCCUUAGAGGACUAGAU